GCUUAGUAAGUAGGUUUAUGUUAGAGAAUUUUUUAUGGAAUUGAAUGUUUCAGACAAUAGACAGAAAACGUAUAGUUCAGUUUAGUUAUUUGAAUUUGUCGUAUAUUUACAUUUAAAAAUAUUCGAUUGCCUCUUUUAUUGAAACUGCUUAAAGAGCUGACACUUAAUUUUAAAAUUUUUAUUUGUAUUGUAUUUUUUUAGCUGUAUUUGUAUUUAUGAAUAUAUAUACUUUCCUAUUCAACUGAUUUGGUAUAUGCCUUGAUCUUCAUUUUCUUAAUUUUGAUAAUUAUUCUAGAAAAAACUAUAUACACCAAUGUUGGAGAGACAUUCACUGUGCCGUGCCAAAACAAAACUCCUGGCAGCUUCUUUGGUAUAGUUUGGAAAUCGACUGCGAAGAAAUACAAUGCGGAGCUGUACACAUACCUAACUGUAAAAGGAUACAACAUAGAUGAGACAAUCGUUGAGCGUUCGCGACUCGUCAAAGACACAUACCUCCAAAUUGAUAAGGCCAAGUUGAGCGAUUCAGGCGUUUAUGAAUGUAAUUUAUUGUACGAGCCACCAUCUAGAAGAAUUCAUGCCAUGAUGGCUUCAAAGGUUACAGUGGUUGUUUUUGCAAAGCCAAAUAUCACCUCUAUAACGCCUGCAAUACAGUACAAAAGUGUAAAUGACAAGGCGGUCAUUAAGUGCAGCGUGGAAGGGCACCCAUACGCGAAUGUCACUUGGGAGCACGAUGGAGGAAAUGAUAUUUCCAGAAAGGUAACCACAAAGAACAACACAUCGAUACUGAAGCUAAGGUGGCUCGAAGUGUCAGACACUGGUUACUAUAAUUGCAUUGCCAACAACAGAGCUGGUCGUGUGCAGAAAAAAGCAUUUAUCAAAGUUCACUAUCCCCCAAAAAUAACAGCACUGCCUCCAUUCACAAACAUCAAUGUAGAUGCAAACGGAAGAAUCCAAUGCAAGGCCGUUGGCUCACCGAUACCAAGAGUAUACUGGCAUAUUGAAACAGGUAGUAAGAAGAUCGAAUUAGUCAGUGGGCAGUCGCAUGGAACAAAGUAUUCGGUGUCAAAGACGGAGAAGGAUUUGAUUGAAGAAGCUGCAUCGAAUUAUCUUGUCAUAAAUUCAGUGGAUGUGAAUGACUGGAAGAGUAAUUUCACCUGCAUGGUUGCCAAUAGCCAAGGAUCGGACGUCGAAACAGUGAAAAUUCAAGGUUUUGAAAAACCAGGGGUGCCACAAAUACUCAAAAUAAUUCCCUUGGCUGACAAAGUGAUAGUGCAAUGGUCUGUCCCAAAGGACGGUGGAAGCAAGAUAUUGGCGUACGUCAUUGAAUACAAGAACGAAACGCAGAAAGAAUGGCUGUCACGUGAGAUUCGGCCUGCAAAUAUCGACAGAUAUCAAAUAAUGGACUUGAAGCCACAUACACUUUAUAGUUUUCGUUUGUACGCAAAGAAUGCAGUGGGGCGAAGUGCAUUUAGUAAGCAGCACACUUACCUUACAACUGGUACGGCGUCAAAGGAUGCCAACCCUGGAACAGCGAGGCCAAGCGGUAGAGAUUCGUCAGUGUCAAAACAGAAGGACGGAAUCCUAGGCAGCUUUGGACUGACAGCGAUGAUUGGGGUGUUUGCUGGCGUGUUCCUGUUUCUUGUGAUUAUUUUUGUCAUUGUUUUCUUCCUGUUCCGAAAGGUGCAAAAAACAACUAAUAGCCAAACUGCAUCAAUCCCAGGGAGCAGGCCAGUCAGUAUGGAGAAUGGGACUCUCUUGCCCCCUGAUAGUCGGCGACCAUCGGCUAGGCCUCCAGAAGUCUCCGAAUUUAUCCCAUUGUUACCAAGAACUGACCAUUGGGAGUUUCCGCGUGAUCGCCUUAGACUGAGCACUGUUCUCGGAAGUGGUGCAUUCGGCAUGGUGAUGCGAGGGGAUGCGCAGGGAAUCAGAGGUUCAAGCGGAAGUGUCAAAGUCGCUGUGAAAGUAGCUAAAGACGUUGACAAUGAAAAUGCUAGGAAGGAUCUCUGUGCUGAGCUUGACAUGCUGAAACUUCUUCCGGAGCACCCCAAUGUGGUGGGACUCCUUGGUUGCUGUUCUCGAUCCGAACCUCUGAUGAUAAUCGUCGAAUACUGUGCACAUGGUGAUUUACAAGGGUUUCUAAGAAACAGCAGAGGCAUUUCGGAGCAAUAUUACAAAACCAACUAUCAUCCAAGUGGGGAGAAACUGUCUUCAAAAAUGCUGCUCAAAUUUGCCUGGCAAAUCACCAAGGGAAUGACCCAUCUCUCGGCCUUCAAGGUGAUUCAUCGCGAUCUUGCAUCCCGUAAUAUUCUUGUUGAUGAGAACCUUGUGUGCAAAAUCAGUGAUUUCGGGUUUGCUAGGGAUAUUUACAUCGAAGACCAAUAUAUGAAGAAAAGCCAGGGUGGAAGGUUUCCCAUCAAAUGGAUGGCAAUCGAAUCUUUACUUGAUGGAAUAUCGACAUCAAAAAGCGAUGUAUGGUCAUUUGGUGUGGUGCUAUGGGAAAUUGUCACCCUUGGUGCUUCCCCUUACCCUGGAAUGAAUUCAUACGAAGUUGUUAGUUUUCUUCAAGAUGGGUACAGAAUGGAUAAACCCAAACACUGCUCUGAUGAAGUGUACGCUGUUUCAAUGGAUUGUUGGCACAUAGCAGCUCAGAGAAGGCCUACGUUUGAGGAGCUUGCUGACAGAUUAAAAGAACUUGUUGAUGAUAACAAGGAAUACAUCGACAUGAACUUUUAUCAAGAUCAUCUCUACGAGAACUUUGAUGUAAACCUUGGAUGCCAGACUUCUGCCAACACAAGUGCAAUGGAGCUAAAUACCUCUGAGUCAACACCACUGGCCGCUGCAGCCAGUAGCUAAUGUAUGUAGCCGCAGCUGUGGCUGCGGUAGAUAAUCUCCAUUGCCGCCCUGUAGUGGAAGCCCCCUCCCUUCCCUUCAAUACGAGGUGAUGCUACGGUGCUCAAAACAAGCUGUCAUUGGCCAGAUCUAUAAGAGCAGCAGUUUACAUAACAAAGCAUUAACCAAAGCAACGAUCAAAGACGCACUUAAAGUGGUUAAAACUCAUGAACGGUUUAUAAAGACAAAGUCAAGCUGCAUUUGUCGCCCCAUAACCUCCUGCCAUUUGACCAUUAAUGCUGUAAAAAUAAUGAUUAAUUUGGUGUUAGAUUUCGUAUGUUUUGUCAAUUAAAUUGCAAUAAAUGCAUUUAGUUUAGAUAUAGGCAGAUGUCUUCUGUUCUCUAGUAUUUCCUUAAAAUUUUAUUGAUAUUUUUUCACCUGAUAUGGUUGAUUGAAGCAAAACUGCAUUGAAAUGCGUUAAUAUUUGGUUGCCUAAAAUCUUCACAAGUUAUACCAGAUUUUGGCUGUGAGAAUUUUUGGUGGUAGCAUUUAGUUGUUCAGCCAAAUUUAUACCAAAUAUGUACUAUAUAAGUGAGGGAAUGUUGUAUAGAAUCUAAGUAUGAUGUCAUUAAUCGUGGUUUUUGUUGGCGUCCAACAUUAUUCCCAGUUCUUUCCAUUCGAGAAAUGUGUUUUCAAGUUUUGCGUUUGUCUUAUCUUUCCAUGAUACAGGAUGUGGCGAAUUGCUAAGUCCUCCUUUUGUAAGGCCCUUGCAGACAAAGGUUAACUUUGGAGAAACCAAAACAUUGUAUUUUAAAAGUUUUUUUAACCACCUUUAGACGAUAAUCGAUAACCUAAAAUUAUCUAAGACGACACAGCGCUUGUGUGCUUUGAAACUGUACGUAGGUCUGGCUUUCUUGUCUCCUCAAACACGUCUUUUUCAGGGCGAUGCAUGCCCUGCUGUCUGUAGGACGACUGUCUUCCCAUUUUGGGCUGUCACAUAGCUGCCUAUAUUCUAUUUCCCUUUGAAGGGUAUUCGUACGUUUUAAAAAUCAUUGACAGCAUGCGAGACUCUGUAGUUUUAUGUACACUUGUAAAGUAUCGACUAAGACUACAUAGUGAACCAUGGCCUACGAUAUCCAGUUAUUGUACAGAAUCCAACGUUAUUUUAUAGAACUAUGUGUUGGGACGUUUUGUUAGAGUAGACAGCUGAAUUUUAAUAUUAUUAGAAUGGAAAGACGUAAAGAAUUUGAAAUGCUGCCACUUAUAUCAUGUACAGUCUUUGGUUGAGGA